GCCGCGAACCCAAGAUGGCGGUGUGUGGACGUGUACGGGGGAUGUUCCGCUUGUCGGCGGCGUUGCCGUUGCUGCUGCUCGCGGCAGCAGGGGCCCAGAACGGCCACGGUCAGGGCCAGGGUCCGGGGGCCAACUUUGGGCCCUUCCCGGGGCAAGGUGGAGGCGGCAGCCCGGCCGGGCAACAGCAGCCUCAGUUAUCGCAGCAACAGCAGCAGCAGCAGCCGCCGCCUCAGCAGCAACAGCAGCAGCAGUCGCUUUUCCCGGCGGGCGGGCUCCCGGCCCGGCGGGGCGGAGCGGGGCCCGGUGGGACUGGCGGAGGCUGGAAGCUGGCGGAGGAAGAGUCCUGCCGGGAGGACGUGACCCGUGUGUGCCCCAAACACACCUGGAGCAACAACCUGGCGGUGCUCGAGUGCCUGCAGGACGUGAGGGAGCCCGAGAACGAGAUUUCUUCAGACUGCAAUCAUUUGUUGUGGAAUUACAAGCUGAACCUGACUACUGAUCCCAAAUUUGAAUCUGUGGCCAGGGAGGUUUGCAAGUCAACUAUUUCCGAGAUUAAAGAAUGUGCAGAAGAACCAGUUGGAAAAGGUUACAUGGUUUCCUGCUUGGUGGAUCAUCGAGGCAACAUCACUGAGUAUCAGUGUCAUCAAUACAUUACCAAAAUGACGGCCAUCAUUUUCAGUGAUUAUCGCUUGAUCUGCGGCUUCAUGGAUGACUGCAAAAAUGAUAUCAACCUCUUGAAAUGUGGCAGCAUUCGUCUUGGGGAAAAGGAUGCACAUUCACAAGGUGAGGUGGUAUCAUGUUUGGAAAAAGGCCUGGUGAAAGAGGCAGAAGAAAAAGAGCCGAAGAUUCAAGUCUCAGAACUCUGCAAGAAAGCCAUUCUUAGGGUGGCUGAGCUGUCCUCGGAUGACUUUCAUUUAGACCGGCAUUUGUAUUUUGCUUGCCGAGAUGAUCGGGAGCGCUUUUGCGAGAAUACACAAGCUGGUGAAGGAAGAGUGUAUAAAUGCCUAUUUAACCAUAAAUUUGAAGAAUCCAUGAGUGAAAAGUGUAGAGAAGCACUAACUACACGCCAGAAGCUCAUUGCCCAGGAUUAUAAAGUCAGUUACUCAUUAGCCAAAUCCUGUAAGAGUGACUUGAAAAAAUACCGGUGCAAUGUGGAAAACCUUCCUCGGUCCCGGGAAGCCAGGCUCUCCUACCUUCUGAUGUGCCUGGAGUCAGCAGUGCACAGAGGGCGGCAGGUGAGCAGUGAGUGCCAAGGUGAGAUGCUGGAUUACCGACGCAUGCUGAUGGAAGACUUCUCUCUGAGCCCCGAGAUCAUCCUGAGCUGUCGAGGGGAGAUUGAACACCAUUGUUCUGGAUUACAUCGGAAAGGGCGAACCCUCCACUGUCUGAUGAAAGUGGUUCGGGGUGAAAAGGGGAACCUUGGAAUGAACUGCCAGCAGGCGCUUCAGACACUGAUUCAGGAGACUGACCCCGGUGCAGACUACCGCAUUGAUCGAGCUUUGAAUGAAGCUUGUGAAUCUGUAAUACAGACAGCCUGCAAACACAUACGAUCCGGAGACCCAAUGAUUCUCUCAUGUCUGAUGGAGCAUUUAUACACAGAGAAGAUGGUGGAAGACUGUGAACACCGUCUCUUAGAGCUACAGUAUUUUAUCUCUCGGGAUUGGAAGUUGGACCCUGUUUUAUACCGAAAAUGCCAGGGAGAUGCUUCCCGCCUUUGCCAUACCCAUGGUUGGAAUGAGACCAGUGAACUUAUGCCCCCUGGAGCUGUGUUUUCUUGCCUAUACAGACAUGCCUACCGCACGGAAGAGCAAGGAAGGAGGCUCUCACGAGAAUGUCGAGCUGAAGUCCAGAGGAUCCUGCACCAGCGAGCCAUGGAUGUUAAGCUGGACCCUGCCCUCCAGGACAAGUGCCUCAUAGACCUAGGGAAGUGGUGCAGUGAGAAGACAGAGACUGGGCAGGAGCUUGAGUGCCUUCAAGACCAUCUCGAUGACUUAGCUGUGGAAUGCAGAGACAUCGUGGGUAACCUCACCGAGUUAGAGUCCGAGGACAUACAAAUAGAAGCUUUGCUGAUGAGAGCCUGUGAGCCGAUCAUUCAGAACUUUUGCCAUGACGUGGCAGACAACCAGAUCGACUCUGGGGACCUGAUGGAGUGUCUGAUCCAGAACAAGCACCAGAAGGACAUGAACGAGAAGUGUGCCAUUGGCGUCACUCACUUCCAGCUGGUACAGAUGAAGGAUUUUCGAUUCUCUUACAAGUUCAAAAUGGCCUGCAAGGAGGAUGUGUUAAAGCUCUGCCCCAACAUAAAAAAGAAGGUGGAUGUAGUGAUCUGCCUGAGCACCACUGUGCGCAACGACACUCUGCAGGAGGCCAAGGAGCACCGGGUAUCACUCAAGUGCCGCAAGCAGCUUCGUGUGGAAGAGCUGGAGAUGACAGAGGACAUCCGUUUGGAACCAGAUCUAUACGAAGCCUGCAAGAGUGACAUCAGGAACUACUGCUCUACAGUGCAAUAUGGAAAUGCUCAGAUUAUUGAAUGUCUAAAAGAAAACAAGAAGCAGCUGAGUACCCGUUGCCACCAGAAAGUAUUUAAGCUGCAGGAGACGGAGAUGAUGGACCCAGAGCUAGACUAUACUCUGAUGAGAGUCUGCAAGCAGAUGAUUAAGCGGUUCUGUCCAGAAGCAGAUUCUAAAACUAUGUUGCAGUGUUUAAAACAAAACAAGAACAGUGAAUUGAUGGAUCCCAAAUGCAAACAGAUGAUAACCAAGCGUCAGAUCACCCAGAACACAGAUUACCGCUUAAACCCUGUGCUAAGGAAGGCCUGCAAAGCUGACAUUCCUAAGUUCUGUCACGGCAUCCUGACCAAGGCCAAGGAUGAUUCAGAGCUAGAAGGCCAAGUUAUCUCAUGCCUCAAGCUGAGAUAUGCUGACCAGCGCCUGUCUUCAGACUGUGAGGACCAGAUCCGUAUCAUCAUCCAGGAGUCUGCUCUGGAUUACCGCCUGGACCCUCAGCUCCAGCUGCACUGCUCAGAUGAGAUUGCCAAUCUAUGUGCUGAAGAAGCAGCAGCCCAGGAGCAAACAGGCCAAGUGGAAGAGUGCCUGAAAGUCAACCUGCUCAAGAUCAAGACAGAGCUGUGUAAAAAGGAAGUGUUGAACAUGUUGAAGGAAAGCAAAGCAGACAUCUUUGUGGACCCCGUUCUCCACACAGCUUGUGCCUUGGACAUUAAACACCACUGUGCAGCCAUCACCCCUGGCCGCGGGCGUCAGAUGUCCUGCCUGAUGGAGGCCCUGGAAGAUAAGCGAGUGAGGUUGCAGCCAGAGUGCAAAAAGCGCCUCAAUGACCGGAUUGAGAUGUGGAGUUACGCAGCCAAGGUGGCUCCAGCAGAUGGCUUCUCUGAUCUUGCCAUGCAAGUGAUGACAUCUCCCUCAAAGAACUACAUCCUGUCUGUGAUCAGCGGGAGCAUCUGCAUUCUCUUCCUGAUUGGCCUCAUGUGUGGACGGAUCACCAAGAGAGUGACACGAGAGCUGAAGGACAGAGAACUUCUGGCCACCAUUUCCAGUCCUGGUUCUGUGGAUCAAGCCAGCUUGCUGAGCCAUGCAUCCUUAAUAGGUAAGAACACUCCAGAGCCACUGAUGAGGUGGCAUUUAGUGAUCAGGUGAUAACAAAAGAGUUCAGUACAGGUACCAUGACUGCCAUCUCCUGUUCUUAGAUAGGAGCAUGCAGUCCACUGUCGCAGACGAGUUGGCAGAAAGUUAUCCAACUUUUUAUGUCUUCCUGUUGAAAUCAGCUGAUGGAAGAUGCCCUGUUUGCCAGACACUAGGACGAGGGUGGAGUUGUGUGAUUAUGUCCUUGGCCUUCCUAGAGAGCAUCCACUCUUGUGCAUCAGUGUGACUUCCAGAACCCCAGUCUCCCUUAGAAGCUAUGGUACCGUUUCUGGACUUUCUGGAAAGAAACCUCCCUUCCAUUCUUUUUUUUUCCCCUGCCCCAAAACAAAACAAGCUUUUUCCACUUGCCCCCAGUUCAGUAUCUCAGAAGUCAACCAGCCCAGUCUGGCGACCUGCAGCCCGAGGCAGGGCCAGAGAACCAAAAGAAGAUGUGGCUUUUUGAAUCCCAUGCUUCUUGGAAGUUUGUGUUUCUUCUUGUGAGUGUGAAAAUUCAACAAAGCUCCGAACACCCUCUUGAGUUUUUUGCUCUUUGGGCACACUUAGUAGUUCUGAAGAGGUGACCUUCAGGGCCCAGGUCUCCUGACCCAUCUCUGCCCCACUUGGCUUCAGUUCCCAAGGGGCUGUACCUGACCUCUCGCCUCCCCUUCCCUCCAGGUAGCUUUGGUUUGCCAUCUGUCUAGCUCCACUUCUCCCUGGCCUCUCCACUACAGAGGCCUGGAUCACCUGUUAUGGUAACCAAGUCUAAAGCCAAAUUUCCCUUCUUGCUACCCAGACCUCAAACAACAGUGAGUUGUAAGCAACCAAGAUUAAACCUCAGGGUGACACACUCCCCUGAGCAGACAGUGAGACUGCUGUGCGGGCUUAGAGGCUGCUUGUCACCCAGAACAUAAAGAUACGGUUGUCUGUGCAGACAGGUGGUGACAAGGGGUAUUCUCUGACAUCUUCACCUGGGCAGUGAGCACCAGGCACUGGAGAGCUUCCUAGGCGAGGAGGUGUGCAGACAGACCGUGUCUCUAUGUCAUGUUUCACCCAGCCCACACUGACAUGAGAACCUCAGAGCAUGGGGUCCUUACUGGAACAGAUCCCAGGUCACUUGGCAGCACUGUGGCGGCAGAGCGCUUCCUGACGGCUACUCCCAGCAAGCAGGUCAGCGGUGGUGGAAAGGCAGAGCGCACAGCAUGCUGUGCAGGGUCUUGGGCCUCUAACCUGUCUUUGCUUUUCGUUUUGUUUUUUGAAAGAAAAGUACAAUUAACAAACCUCUUUUGUAAAUGGAUUUCCUUUCUAUGUAUAAAUCCCCUGCAGUUCCUUGUUUUUACAUGUUCAUGCUGUGUAAUUUUGAGGUGUUACUGAGAUUCUGAACAUAAUGUGCAUUUUUUUCUGUACAGAUGAAAUGGGAGAAUUUAAUAAAGAGUUUGCAGGUU